AUGUUUGGGCUGAAGCUCAAGAAGAAGAAGAAAAAUAAAGCAGAGAAAGGGUUAAUCCUUGCCAACAAGGCUGCACAAGAUGGUCAGAGUGAAGCAGAAGAGCCCCAGGAGGGAGCCUCUCAUCUGGAAGGACCGGGAGGAGACCUGGUUCACAGUGAUGCUGUCCUUACUCUUUCCUCAGCUCCUCCAAAGAGAAGGUCAAAACUUUUGACAAAGAUCCAUGAUGGGGAGGUCAAAUCCCAGAACUAUCAAAUCUCCAUAACCAUCAUUGAGGCCCGGCAGCUAGUGGGUGAAAACAUUGACCCAGUUGUGACCAUUGAGAUUGGGGAUGAGAAGAAGCAAAGCACAGUGAAGGAAGGAACCAACAGCCCAUUUUACAACGAAUACUUUGUCUUCGACUUCAUUGGACCUCAAGUGCAUCUUUUUGACAAGAUCAUCAAAAUCUCAGUCUUCCACCACAAGCUGAUCGGAAGCAUAUUGAUUGGCUCAUUCAAAGUAGACCUGGGCACUGUGUACAACCAACCCGGUCAUCAGUUCUGACAAUGGGCACUGCUCACAGACCCCAGUGACAUCAGGACUGGCACCAAGGGCUACCUGAAGUGUGACAUCAGUGUGACUGGGAAAGGCGACAUCUUGAACACCAAGCCCAAAACCCCGGAUGCUGAGGAACAAAUAGAAAAGAACCUUCUGAUACCCCAAGGGUUUCCAUCAGAAAGACCCUGGGCCAGAUUCUAUGUGAGACUCUACAAAGCCGAGGGGUUGCCCAAAAUGAACUCCAGCAUCAUGGCAAAUGUCACUAAGGCAUUUGUGGGUGACAGUAAGGACCUUGUGGACCCCUUUGUGGAAGUCUCCUUUGCUGGGCAGAUGGGGCGAACUACAGUGCAAAAAAACUGUGCCAAUCCUGUGUGGAAUGAACAGAUAGUCUUCAAGGAAAUGUUCCCUCCCUUGUGUCGGAGGGUGAAAAUUCAGGUGUGGGAUGAAGGCAGCAUGAAUGAUGUAGCACUGGCAACCCACUUCAUUGACCUGAAGAAAAUCUCCAAUGAGCAGGAUGGAGAUAAAGGCUUCCUCCCCACCUUCGGCCCAGCCUGGAUUAACCUGUAUGGCUCUCCCAGGAACCACAGUCUAAUGGACGACUUCCAGGAAUUGAAUGAAGGCUUUGGGGAAGGUGUGUCCUUCAGGGGCAGAAUCUUGGUAGAAAUUGCUGUAGAAAUCCUCUCAGGAGGGGCCCAGGAGUCUAAAUUCUCAAAGGCCUUGAAGGAGCUGAAGUUAUCCUCCAAGGGCAGAGAUGCUAAAUCUUCCAAAGGCUCGGGUAAGGACAAGACUGACAAAACCAAUGAUGGAAAACCCCAGCAGGCUUCAGACAAGACACAUUCAACGGAAGUGGAGGUGGAAUCUUUCGAUGUGCCUCCCGAGAUUAUACCAGAAAAAUACGAAGAAUUUUUACUCUUUGGAGCCUUUUUUGAGGCUACCAUGAUUGACCGGAAGAUUGGAGACAAGCCCAUUAGCUUUGAAGUUUCUAUCGGGAAUUUUGGGAACCUGAUCGAUGGCGGGUCCCAUCAUGGGAGUAAGAAGAGGCCAGCUGAGUCUGCUGAAGAAGAGAGCCUUUCUCUGCUACACGAAGGAGAAGGGGAUGUGGCGCAGGACGCGGCCGUCUCCAUGGCCUCCACCACUCACCCAGAGAAGCCGCUGGUGACAGAAGGGAACAGGAAUUACAACUAUUUGCCAUUUGAGGCCAAGAAGCCCUGUGUGUCCUUCCUCAGCACCUGGGGAGACCAGACCUUCCGGCUGCACUGGUCCAACAUGCUGGAGACAAUGGCAGAUCUCCUCGAAGAAAGCAUAGAAGAAGUGAGAGAACUACUCAAGAUUUCCCAGGAAGCCCCAGAAGAGAAGAUGAAGCAAGCGCUGACUGACUUCAUCAACCAGAGCAGUGCCUUUAUCUCUGAAGCAGAAAAAAAGCCCAAGAUGCUGAAUCAAACCACUUUAGAUAAGAAACGACUUACGCUCUGUUGGCAGGAGCUGGAGGCGAUGGCUAAGGAAGCCAAAGAGAUCAUUCAACCGCAGAAGAAAAAGUUAUCUCUUGACGAAAUGAUCCGUGCAGCCCAGGACAUUGUGGAGAAAAUCCGCUUUCUUGUUGAUGAGCCGCAGCACACCAUCCCCGAUGUCUUCAUCUGGAUGCUCAGCAACAACAAGCGCGUGGCCUACGCGCGCGUGGCCUCCAGAGACCUGCUCUACUCCCCAGUCCCUGCGCAGAGGGGCAAGCACUGUGGCAAGAUCCAGACUCACUUCCUCAAACUCCCAGGGAAACGGCCAGCUGGUUGGUCAGUGCAGGCCAAAGUUGAUGUGUACCUGUGGCUGGGCUCCACCAGAUAUUCCAGUGCCAUUUUGGACAACUUGCCCACAGGCUAUGAAGCAGAAAUGCCCUCUACAGUGACUGGCGCUCACCCUCCUCCAUCCAGCCUCCUCUACCAAGCCCGGCAUAUCUUCCAGCUGAGAGCUCACAUGUACCAAGCUCGGGGCCUCAUCGCAGCUGACAGCAAUGGCCUUUCAGACCCCUUCGCCAAAGUCACAUUCCUGUCCCAGUGCCAGACGACAAAGAUCAUUUCCCAGACUCUGUCUCCAACCUGGAACCAGAUGCUGCUGUUCAAUGAGUUGGUGCUGCAUGGAGAUGAGAGGGAGCUGGUGAAGUCCCCGCCGCUGGUGGUGGUGGAGCUCUAUGACAGCGAUGCAGUGGGGAAGCCAGAAUAUUUGGGUGCCACCGUGGCUACUCCAGUUGUGAUGCUAGCUGACCAGGACUAUGAGCCCCCCAAGCUGAGCUAUCACCCCAUCUUCUGUGGGAAUCUCUCUGGAGGGGACCUCCUUGCUGUAUUUGAGCUGCUGCAGGUCCCUUCCUCCGGGCUGCAGGGCCUCCCUCCUGUAGACCCACCCAACGCCGCCCAGAUCUACCCGGUUCCUGCCAGCAUCCGUCCGGUGCUGAGUAAAUACUGUGUGGAGGUUCUCUUCUGGGGGGUCCGAGAGAUGAAGAAGGUGCAGCUGCUCUCCGUGGACCGGCCCCAGGUCCUCAUCGAGUGCGGGGGGCGGGGCGUGAAGUCAUGUGUGAUCCAGAGCUACAAGAACAACCCCAACUUCGGUGUGCAGGCAGACGCCUUUGAAGUGGAGCUGCCUGAGAACGAACUUCUGCACCCGCCCCUGAGCAUCUGCGUGGUGGACUGGCGAGCGUUCGGGAGGAGCACCCUCGUGGGCACCUACACCAUCAACUGCUUGAAGCAGUUUCUGUGCAAAUCCAGGAAUCCCCUCGCUCUAACAUCACAAAUCGAUGGAGGCCACGCUGAGCCAGGUUCGCUAACAGUGUCUGAGUCUUCUGGACUCCUCAGCUCCGCCCAGGAUGCCCUACCAGAUCACAUCUAUGUGGAUGUUGAGCCGCCUCCCACAGUGGUACCUGACUCUGCCCAGGUCCAGCCAGCCAUUCUAGUGGACAUCCCUGACUCCUCCCCUAUGUUGGAAUCUGAACAGAAACCUGAUGCCCAGGAACCACCGAAAGAUGGACAAGCCAAGGAUGCCAGGAAACCUUCCAGGAGAUCCACUAAAAGGAGAAAAAGAACCAUAGCAGAUGAAUCUGCUGAAAACGUCAUCGACUGGUGGUCUAAGUAUUAUGCUUCUCUGAAGAAAGCCCAGAAGGCAAAAGAGAGCAACCCCAAGGACGGAAAAGACAAACCAGAGGCGAAGCCAGAUGAGGUAGUCUUAGAUCUAGAAGAUGGCCCCAAGAAGAAGAAGGAAAAGCUACUCAGGAAGAAACUGAAAGAUGAUGGAAAUGAUGGUAUCCCCAACUUAGCUGUCUUGAAGAUAUAUGAUGGUGAUCUUGAGAGUGAAUUCAACAAUUUUGAAGACUGGGUGAAAACCUUUGAGCUCUUCCGAGGCAAGUCUACAGAAGAAGAGCAGGGUCUGGACGGAGACCGAGUCAUCGGGAAGUUUAAGGGCUCCUUCUGCAUCUACAAAAGCCCUGAGGAUUUGACCUCUGAGGACAGCGGGCAGCUGAGAAUCCAGCAAGGGAUUCCACCCAACCACCCCAUCCAAGUCCUGAUCAGGGUGUACAUUGUUGCGGCAUUUAAUCUUAGCCCUGCUGAUCCAGAUGGCAAAUCAGAUCCUUACAUUGUGCUCAGACUUGGCAAAACUGAAAUCAAAGACCGGGACAAAUACAUCCCCAAACAACUGAAUCCAGUGUUUGGAAGGUCAUUUGAGAUCCAGGCUACAUUCCCGAAGGAGUCGCUGCUCUCAGUCCUGAUCUACGACCAUGACAUGAUUGGGACUGAUGACCUCAUCGGUGAGACCAGGAUUGACCUGGAGAACCGCUUCUACAGCAAACACCGAGCUACCUGCGGCUUGCAGAGCCAGUAUGAAAUAGAAGGAUACAAUGCCUGGAGGGACACAUCCAAACCCACGGAAAUCCUCACCAAGCUCUGCAAAGACAACAAGCUGGAUGGACCAUACUUUUGCCCUGGGAAAAUACAGAUAGGAAGCAAGGUCUUUUCUGGAAAAACUGUCUUCACUGAAGAGGACACGGAGGAGACAGUGGAGUCUUAUGAGCACUUGGCCCUCAAGGUUUUGCAUUCCUGGGAGGAUAUUCCCGUGGUCGGGUGUCACCUGGUUCCUGAGCACAUCGAAACCCGGCCGCUGUACCACAAGGACAAGCCAGGGAUGGAGCAGGGCCGCCUGCAGAUGUGGGUAGACAUGUUUCCUAAGGAUAUGCCUCCGACUGGACCUCCGGUUGACAUUUCACCAAGGAAACCCAAAGGGUAUGAGUUGAGAGUGACCAUCUGGAAUACUCAAGAUGUCAUCUUAGAGGAUGAGAAUAUCUUCACAGGCCAAAAGUCAAGUGAUAUUUAUGUCAAAGGGUGGAUAAAGGGUUUGGAAGAUGACAAGCAGGAGACAGACGUGCACUACAACUCCCUGACUGGAGAGGGCAACUUCAACUGGCGCUUCCUGUUUCCUUUUCAGUAUCUCCCAGCUGAGAAGCAAAUGGUCAUCACUAAGAGAGAGAACAUUUUCUCCUUAGAGAAGAUGGAGUGCAAGACUCCAGCUGUGUUGGUGCUACAGGUCUGGGAUUUUGAAAGGCUGUCUUCAGAUGACUUCCUGGGCUCCUUGGAAAUGAACCUCAACAGCUUCCCUCGAGCAGCCAAGUCUGCCAAAGCCUGCGAGCUCUCCAAGUUUGAAAAUGCGAGUGAGGAGAGCAGGAUCUCUAUCUUCCAGCAAAAGCGAGUGCGUGGCUGGUGGCCUUUUGCUAAAAGCAAAGAGCUCACCGGCAAGGUUGAAGCCGAGUUCCACCUCGUUACUGCAGAAGAAGCUGAGAAAAAUCCUGUUGGGAAAGCACGGAAGGAGCCAGAGCCCUUGGCCAAGCCCAACCGUCCAGACACAUCUUUCUCCUGGUUCGUGAGCCCCUUUAAAUGUCUGUACCACCUCAUCUGGAAGAACUAUAAGAAGUACAUCAUCAUUGCUUUCAUCCUCAUCAUCCUCAUCAUCUUCCUCGUCCUCUUCAUCUAUACCUUGCCUGGAGCCAUCAGCCGAAGGAUCGUGGUGGGCUCAUAG